GGGAUUUGUAUUUAUUCCCUUUCUAACUCUCCUACCCUCCUCAAGGCUUACCUUUGCAGGAAAAUAGAGGAAGAAAAAGAAGAAGCGCCUUUGGGUCCCACCUGAGUCCUCCAAAUGCGAGCUCAGCUUCCUAGAGAGGAUCCCAAGUGAAGGGUGUGUCGGACUGGAGAGAAAGAGAUGCCGAGGAGAGAAACACGCACGCCGUGCAAGCAUCCUCCCCGGCUUUUGUUCAUCUGAAUGCGAGUGAUCUGCCGCCUGCAAAAGGAACAAGGAAGCAGCAAAAUCGCCUUCGCCAAAUUUCCUCAUCUUGUGACCUUUCCGAAGGUGUCUGUGAAACUUGCAGAGAAGGAAUAGGGUCACCCUAUAAGGAAGUCAGGAUGGAGGAUGACGGGAGCAUGGCUUCUCUGGAAGACAAGCUGGAGAGUGAGACCUAUCAGGAGCCAAUGGUGAGAUCCUGUGACAUAACCAAGCUUGACAUGGAAAAAGAAAAACUUGGAAAUCAGAGGAGACCAAAAACUCAGAAAGGAAAUUGGUCAAGGGAUAGGAAGAACGUUGCUUCUCGGGGUGCUUAUCCCCCUGAACUUCUGAACUUGCGGUCAAAACUAUUCCAGUGUUCUCUGUGUUGGAAAAUAUGCAGAGACAAAUGGGAGUUCAAUACACACUACAGGAUCCACACAGGGGAGAAGCCAUUCAGAUGCACGGAAUGUGGAAAGGCCUUCAGUCAGAGUGGACAGCUUUCUACACACCAGAGAGUACACACAGGGGAGAAACCGUAUAAGUGCCUGGACUGUGGCAAGAGCUUCUCUCAUAGUAGCGUUUUACGUUCACAUCAAAGAACUCACACGGGGGAGAAACCCUAUGUUUGCAUAGAGUGUGGUAAGUGUUUCAGUCAGAGCUCAAACUUGCGGUCACAUAUAAAAACCCACACAGAGGAGAAACCAUAUAAAUGCAUGUAUUGUGGGAAGAGCUUCAGCCAGAGCUCACAUCUUAAUUCCCAUCAAGUAACCCACACAGACGAAAAACCGAAAAAAUGCUUAGAAUGUGGAAAGAGCUUCUCUUCUAGCCAGUCAUUGCGCUCACAUGUAAAAACUCACACCGGAGAGAAACCAUAUAGUUGCAUGGAGUGCGGUAAGAGCUUCAGCUGGAGCGGACAUCUGCUCGCACAUCUCCGAACUCACACGGGGGAGAAGCCAUACCCGUGUAUGGAAUGUGGGAAGAGCUUCAGCCAGAGUGGAAAUCUGCGCUCACACCAAAGAACCCACACAGGAGAGAAACCCUACAAAUGCAUAGAAUGCGGAAAGAGCUUCUGUCAGAGUGCACACCUACACACCCACCAAAAAACUCACACGGGAGAGAAAUCGUAUAUAUGCACGGAAUGUGGAAAGAGCUUCAGGGAAAGCGGGCACCUCCAUUUACACCUGAGGACUCACACAGGGGAAAAAGCGUAUCAGUGCAUGGAGUGUGGGAAAAGGUUCAGCCAGAGUUCACAUCGACGUACUCAUCAGAAAACCCAUAUGAGGAACAAAACAUGAAUAUGCCUGUCAUUUUCAUGUUUAUGAAUUAUUAUUGACACAAAGACAUAGUCUGACACAGCAAACAAGAUCUAUAUGCUGGAUUUUGUAUCACAAAAUCACAAGUCGAACACUUCCCAAGCGUCUAGGACUGUGUGAUGUAAUUUCGGAUGAUGCGUACAGGUCCCAGUAAGGUGGCCUUUUGCACUUGACAGAUGGUAAUUUUGUCAAUGUUUAUUGUUUCCAAAUGCUGGCUGAGAUCUUUUGGCACGGCACCACUGGGACCACCUGUACUGGUUUAUGCCAGAGCAUUUGCAGUUCGAUCUUGAGGUCCUGAUAACGCCUGAGUUUUUCCUGUUGUUUUUCAUCAGUCCGACUGUCACCUUUUAUAACAUUUUUCUUUUCCACAACCGUGAGGUCUGAUGUGUUGUGUUCCAAAACUUUGUCUGCCUGGAUUCAAGACUAUCUUGAAGAAAAGAGCAUCAUGCUAGAUGAAUAGAAAGGCAACGAACAGACAAGCAGGGGCACAAAAGACCGGUUAUUAAUUGACAAAAUGAUUCUGGAGAACUGUAAAAGCCAAAAAAACUAAUCUCCAUGUGACGUGGAUUGACUACAACAAGGCCUUUGACUCACUCCCACACAGCUGGAUCAUCAAGUGCCUGGAUGCCAUCGGGAUUUGUAAAAAGGUUGGCACUUUUAUUGAAAAUAUGAUGGAGCACUGGAAAACAGUUCAGUUUGUUGAAAAUGAAAGCUACGGACUUGUCAACAUCAGAAGAGGAAUUUUCCAGGGAGACUCACUAUCCCCACUGCUUUUCAUUAUUGCCAUGAUCCCUCUGUCAACUAUUAUUAUUAUUAUUAUUAUUAUUAUUAUUAUUAUUAUUAUUAUUAUAUUUAUUCACAACAUUUCUACCCCACCCUUCUCACCCGAGGGGACUCAGGGCGGCUUAAAAACAACAGACAAAAUUCAAUGCCAAACAGAUCAAUAAAAACAGCAACACAUUUAAAGCAUUAACAAUAAUCCAUAAAAUACAUUAGUCAAACUUAAAACAUAUAGUUACUUAAAACAUAUAGUUACCAUUCUUCCAAGGAACCAUUGCACAUAAACCUAAGUUUAUACUUUGGUUUAUCUUUCCUGAAGGAGAUACUACAGACAGCAACUAUAUAGGUUCUCCACAUCUUCAGGGUUGACCCUAGACUCCUGUGAAAAAAACCAUUAAUACUAAUUUUUUUAAUCCUGAGGAAACACCUCUUGAGGAAUCUCUAGAUCCUCCAGAUCUAUUCUAGGGUCAUGGGUCAUGUUGACCGUAGAGUGGAGCUGGAAGAUCGUGAAAUUCUGAGAGAAAACAUAAUAAUGAAAUUCACACGAUAAACACUUGGGGUGUGUACAUUCAUUAUUAGAAGGACAAUGACUUACCGUAUAUACUCGAGUACAAGCCGAUUCGAAUAUAAGCUGAGGCGUCUAAUUUUACCACAUAUAACUGGGAAAAUUUAUUGACUUGAGUAUAAGACGAGGGUGGGAAAUAAAGCAGCUACUAGUACAACCCUAAACGGUUUCUAGUACAGUAUGGUUCCGGCCCAGUCUGCCUGUCCAAAUGUCCCCUUAUGAACCACCUUGAAGUCUAAGAUCAUCUGGGGAGGCUCUACUCUUGGUCCCACCUUCUUUGCAAGCUCGAUUGUAAGGACGAAAGAUAGGGCCUUCUCAGUUGUGGAGCUCCCUUCCAAGUGCUAUUCGAUCAGCCCCCUCCCUCCUGGCCUUCAGAAAGAGGGUUUUUUCGUGUCAGGAGCCACCGGAGUUGCUUCUGGAGUGAGAGAAUUGGCCGUCUGCAAGGACGUUGCCCAGGGGAUGCCCAGAUGUUUUGAUGUUUUACCAUCCUUGUGGGAGGCUUCUCUCAUGUCUCCACAUGGAGCUGGAGCUGAUAGAGGGAGCUCAUCCACACUCUCCUCGAGUGGGAUUCGAACCUGGCAGCUUCCAGGUCAGCAACCCAACCUUCAAGUCACAAGGCUUUUAUCCCCUAGGCUACCGGAGGCUCCUAGAAAGAGAGAUAAAACUUGGUUUUGGGAGCAGGCCUUUGAGAAACAGUACAGUGCAUCAAAUUUACUGGAAAUCGUGCAAUUGAUUAUGGAACGGCUUUAGACCUUGCCUUUGGGUGACGUGUCUCAACAUUGGAUUGUGUCUUUUAACUAUGUUUUUAUGUAUGUUCAAUUUUAAUUUAAUCUUAUUUCAUGUUUUAGGCACUAUGACAUUUGUAAGCCGCCUUGAGUCCCCCCCAGGGGUAGAGAAAGGUGGGAUAUAAAUAUGGUAAAUAAAUAAAUAGUACAUUUCAAAAAUAAAAAUAGAUACCAAUAGAAUUACAUUGAUUGAGGCAUCAGUAAGUUCAAUGUUUUGGAAUACAGUAGAGUCUCACUUAUCCAACAUAAACGGGCUGGCAGAACGUUGGAUAAGCGAAUAUGUUGGAUAAUAAGGAGGGAUUAAGGAAAAGCCUAUUAAACAUCAAAUUAAGUUAUGCUUUUACUAAUUAAGCACCAAAACAUCAUAUUAGACCACAAAUUUGACAGAAAAAGUAGUUCAAUACGCAGUAAUGCUAUGUAGAAAUUACUGUAUUUACAAACUUGGCACCAAAAUAUCACGAUGUAUUGAAAACAUUGACUACAAAAAAGCGUUGGAUAAUCCAGAACGUUGGAUAAGCGAGCGUUGGAUAAGUGAGACUCUACUGUAAUCAGAGUUGGACAGUCUUAUCUUAUUGUAUUCUUAUUAUCUUAAAUUAGUUUAAGCAAAAAUGUUGGAUAAUAAGGAGGGAUUAAGAAAAAACCUAUUAAAUGUCAAAUUACGUUUUGAUUUUACAAAUUAAGCACCAAAAUAUCAUGCUUUACAACAAACUUACAGAAAAAGCAGUUCAAUACACCGUAAUGUUAUGCAGUAAUUAUUGUAUUUACGAAUUUAGCACCAAAACAUUGCAAUGUAUUGAAAACAUUGACUACAAAAACACUGACUACUAAAAGGCAGACUGCGUUGGAUAAUACAGAACGUUGGAUAAGCGAGACUCUACUGUACCUAUAUACUCAAGUACAAGCCAACCAGGACCCUCACUCGAAUAUAAGCCGAGUGGGGUUUUUUCAGCCCUUAAAAUAUCUGAAAAAACUCGGCUUAUACUUGAGUAUAUACGGUAUAUAACAUGCUACUACCAAAGCUAUUAUUGCUAUGACUUCCACAACGAAUACUUUCAACAAUGCAAAUUGGAUAACUUGGACUGGGUCUACACUGCCAAACAAUGCAGUUUGAAUUGUGUUGUGGUGUCAAUCCAAUCCAGGAGGAUAAGCCAAUCCCAGGAGGACUUUCCUUGGAAAUUAUUUUUGCUAUAGUAAAAACGUGUUUAAUUUACAUGGAUGCAGCAUUCAAAGGCAAUGAAUGCACAAAAUCCUCUUUGCAAGGGUAAGACUAUUAUCGAGUGCCAUGUGAUUAUGUAAUGAAAGUUGUCUAGGCUGUUUAGUUUCUUGGCAAGUUCCGGAAAUAGGUUAUUUAUUUAAAUUAUUUUUAUUUCUACUUCAUAAUCCAUUUUGCUACUGUUAUGAAUCAUAAUGUAAAUAUCUGAUAUACAGGGUAUGUUUUCAUUCAUUGGACCACAUUUCGCACAAAUAUCCGAUACACCCAAAUUUGAAUACUGGUGGGGUUGGUUUUGUCAUUUGGGAGUUGUAGUUGCUGGGAUUUAUAGUUAACCUACAAUCAAAGAGCAUUCUGAACUCCACCAACAAUGGAACUGAACCAAACUUGGCACACAGAACUCUUAUCUAUAUAUAUAAAAGAGUGAUGGAAUCCUGGCGACCGCCAAAACAACAAAACUAAACACCCCACAACCUCGAAAAUUGACAACACAACCCCUCAUCCAUGCCUCUACGUUCAUACAACAAAAAGAAAAGAAAAAUAAAGUACUAAUUAGAGGGAGAGGAAUAAUUGUUUUUAUCCAAUUGCUGCCAGUUAGAAGGAUAAGCUCCGCCCACUUGGUCUCCUAGCAACCCACUCACCCAGGGACAGGCAGAGUAAGGCCUCACUUAGGCCUCUUCCACACUGCCUAUAAAAUACAAAUUAUCAGAUUUUAACUGGAUUAGUUGGCAGUGUAGACUCAAGGCCCUUCCACACAGCUAUAUAACCCAUUUAUUAUCUGCUUUGCACUGGAUUAUCUGGACUCCACACCUUUACCCUUUACCCUAACUACCACCAAUUCCCCAAUACUUUAUUUCCCAUCCCACCAUACUUCGCCACAGCAAUGCAUGGCUGGGCACAGCUAGUGAUCAUAGAAAAUACUGAAAGGGUUUGGUGGGCAUUGACCUCGAGUUUUGGAGUUGUAGUUCACCUGCAUCCAAAGGGCACUUUGGACUCCAAACAAUGAUGGAUCUGGACCAAACUUGUCACAAAUACUCAAUAUGCCCAAAUGUGAACACUGGUGGAGUUUGGGUAAAAUAGACCUUAACAUUUAGGAGUUGUAAUUGCUGGGAUUUAUAGUUCACCUACGAUCAAGGAGCCCCUUGAACCCCACCAACGAUAGAAUUGGGCCAAACUUCCCACAUAGAACCCCCAUGACAAUAGAAAAUACUAGAAGGAUUUGGGUUCCUAAGACCAUCAGAAAUAUGUGAUAAUUAUAGGUUAUUUUCCACAUACCCAGUAUGUUCCAUACGUUCUACCCUGAUUCAAUCCAGAAGCUGGUCAUUUCUCGAGGACAAGAAGUGAAAUAGUUAAGCUAUAUGUGAACAAGCAUUCAUUGAUUUCUAUAUUGGUGUUAAAACUUUGCGUAAAGGACACCGAGACAUUAAAAUAAAAGUUAAAGUGACUCCA